CUUUCGACCGCGUUCGCGGUAGCGUCGCCUUUCGGGAAAUGUAACAAGGCGAACGAUUUAACUUGUGGAGAUAAUUUUUCUUGAGUGUUUUCGUUAUUAAAAUCGUUUUUAUCGUAACUUUUUUAUUUCUUUUUUUCGAUUAUCAAGCUCGCUGUGAACAGCAUAGCUAAUACUGUAAAAGGUUUCAAAAACUUUAUCGGACUAAUUAUCUUGUUCAACGUGCUACCAAACUUACGUUUUGAAUAAAGUUUAUGUUUUACUGACUGAAAACUUUAUUAUGUCAAGAUUUUUGUUCAGUUUUAUGUGUCGGCAAUGAUAAGAGACGAACUUUGACGUAAAAUAUUGCUAUCUUUAUACGAGGGAUACCAAAGAGAAUGUGUGCCAAAAUGUUAUUAUAUAAUUUUUCCUUGUUUUCCGCGAUUAUAACCUGGAUUGGAGUGCUUGCUGAAGAGGAAGUGUCUUCACCUUUACGAGUCGCCCAGUGUAGAGCCACAUGCUUACAAAAGUUCGCGGCACCCCGACCUGGCGGGGAGUCAUCGUGUUUGCAGGGCCCCGACUGUUUUAUGUGCUGGGAAAAUUGCGAACUACUCCAAUCCAACUUCCAAGUUUGGGGUGCUGUUUGUGAUGAAAUGGAUAUCUGCUUUCCUGGUUGCAAGGUAGCCUGUGAAUUUCACACGGAGGCAGCCCGAGCGUCUCAAACACAACCAGUCAUUCAUACCAAGGGUGAAGGUGUUAUGAGAGUUAGUGGAGCCUUAGCUCGUUGGCCACCACCUGCUCCUCGAGCGGCUUCUCGGCCAGCUCCUCUCGUCUACGUAGUAAUGCGUCGAGCUGCGGAAGGACCUUGGAGACAAAUCAUUCAAACCCAAGCCUUAGCUACAAGAGUACCUUCUAAUAAUGAGGGAGCUCUCCUUCGCGUACUUGUUGUUGACCCUCAGGGGCUUGUUACAAUCUACAGUCCAGAUGAAACUUGGGUUGCUCAUGACGCGAACACCUCCAACCAUGAUGAACAUAAAUGGAUCCUCAAGGAAAUAUCACUUAUACAUCAAAAGGUUCUCGUGAUUGGAGAAAUCGCCUGGGAGCCUAGGAUAGCCCGUGGAGUUUAUUUAGUUACCUGGGAAGUUGACGGAGGUGGCUUGAAAGGAAAUUUAUUCACCGAUUCCACUCGUGUAACUUUGUCUUUAUGGCCAGAUACUAUUUAUCAUAUUCAAGUAGAACUUGUGUCUCGAACACCAGGAGUUGAUAAUGAAAAGUCUGAAACCAUGACUAUUGACACAGGUCGCGCUCAGCGUGUUUCAACUGAAAGUGUACAAGACGUAGAAGUAAGUGAAGGAGAUAGACUCAUGUCAGUUUUAGUUAGUUCUAUGCGAGGGGAACGUGUUCCGGAACGAGCUCCAGAUUCAGAGCUAGUGUUAGGAUGCUUAUCAGCUAUGAUUGCUUUUGGGUUAGCAGUACUAGCAGCUAUUGUAUGGAGGCGAAGACGACGAGGUACAUUUCCUGGAACCAACGUAUAUGUAGGAUCAUCUUCUGUUCUUAAGCGAAAGUUAGUAGAAGAUUUUGUUCCUGCUCCACAUUGCUUUCAACCAGUAAUUUCUCCCGAAACUCCAACCAACGGAGCCACUUCAAGGGAUGUGGUUGUGUGA